GGAGAGUGAAAACGUCCCGAGUUCGGUGCACCACUGAUCUUUUGCCUCGGUUUUAGACUAGUGUUGCGGAAAUAAAACACCAUAUAGUCUAUAUAUAUAUAUGCUACAUAUUAAUGCAGAUAGCAUGGUCCAGUAGUCGUUAUAGCGUGUGGUUUACAACAACUUGUCGCCGGCAAAAGUGACAAAAGCCAAACAAGUUUGGCCCGAUUUUUAGCUAGAUCUCGCGAGAGUAUGCCGAAAGCCGGCUGGGCUUAAUUAAAUUAAUAUAAUUUCGGGAGAACGCCGCCGCCAACCCAGCGAUCUCGAGUGUGUGAGUGUUUCAAUUAAAUUCAAUAAAUCAUAAAUAAGUGAGUGCCGAGCAACCCAAAACGGAUCCUGUUUUAGUGGUGUGGCUCUCUGGCGCAAUUGUGAUUUAUUGGCCGCCGAGGAGGGGAGUGCAAUUACGAAAUUACGAAUGCGAAACGUUAAUUUUGAUGAGUUCCAAUGAAAGUUGAAUCGAAAAUGUUCGCUGUCAUAUUCUUCGCCCUUGUGGCCCAUCUGCCAUCGCAGAUUGAAGCCUUCAAUUUCAUGCCCCGAGCGAGCAUGGUGAUAAACACCCCAACGAAUUUGAAGUUCUUCAUGAACCAAACUCGGAGCUCCUAUUUUGGAUACACACUCGUCAUUCGUGAAACCAGCAUCAUUGUGGGAGCUCCUCGUGCUCAAUCCACAUUAGAAUCGCAGCGCAACAUCAACGAGACUGGUGCGAUCUACAGGUGCUCUCUGACGAACGGUAUCUGCAGUCCGUAUGUCCUGGAUCCGAAAGGGGAUGUUGAUGCUCCAUUCAACGAGUACACCUUUGACUCGGUGCGCAAGGACUUCCAGUGGCUGGGAGGAGCGAUGGACGGCGGGACGAAGGACAGUGACAAACUGCUCGUGUGUGCCCCCCGGUUAUACGCGCCCAGCGCCAGGGACUACCACCUGCACGGUGUGUGCUACUGGGUCCAGGACACACUGGCCAGUACUCCGGAGCACGUCACCCGCAUCUCUCCACUCCGCCUGAAGUCACUGCAGGUGAUCGAGGAGGAGCCAGGCAAGUCCAGCUUUAACUACAUCAUGGCUGAACUGGGACUGAGUGCCCAUGUGGCGGAUGAUAACUCCAAGUUCCUGAUCGGAGCCCCUGGCAUCACCACGUGGAAGGGAUCGGUGAUCCUGUACCGACAAGUGGAUCCCGUGGAAAAUCCCUCCGCCAGCAGACGUGACACAAGCAAGGCGCUCCGCCGUACGGUUCGAGAUGUGGACACUAACGAUUAUACCCCGGAGCACUAUGCCCCCGAGAUCCCAAAGCCCGCGAAUUGGGGCCAGGAGGAUGACUCGUACUUCGGCUAUGCCGUGAGUUCCGGCUUCUUCGACAGCUCCAACCCGACCACCCUGCUCUACGUGGCCACCGCUCCCCAAGCCAACAAGCAAUCCGGCGAGGCCUACAUCUUCGAUGUCCGGGGACAGAGCAUCAAGAAGUUCCACGUCUUCCGGGGCGAGCAGUUUGGCGAAUAUUUCGGCUACUCCGUACUGGCGGAGGAUCUGAAUGGAGACGGCAAAACGGAUGUCAUCGUAUCCGCUCCAUAUUACGCUUUCGAAGACUCCUACGACAAUGGUGCCAUCUAUGUGUUUAUCAACAAGGGCUUUUUCAACUUUGAGCGAACGAUUUUACAUUCGCCAAUAGCCAAACAGGCGCGAUUCGGAACAACUCUUUCGCGUCUGGGAGACAUUAAUCACGACGGAUAUAAUGACGUGGCCGUGGGAGCUCCCUUUGCCGGAAACGGAUCGGUGUUCAUCUACCUGGGCGGCGAACUUGGACUGCGGGAUCAGCCGAGUCAGCGGCUGGAUGCUCCUUCCGAGCAGCCUUCCAAGUACGGAUCGCACAUGUUCGGCCACGGCCUCUCCCGCGGAUCGGACAUAGAUGGCAAUGGGUUCAACGACUUCGCCAUCGGGGCUCCCAAUGCCGAAGCAGUGUAUCUAUAUCGUGCCUAUCCCGUCGUGAAAAUAAUUGCCACAGUAAAGUCGGAGUCGCGGGAGAUAAAGCCGGAGCAGGAUAAGGUGAAGAUCACCGCCUGCUACCGGUUGAGUACCACGGCCAAGGCACCGGAGGUGCAGCAGCAGGAGCUCAACAUCCGGAUUGCCAUCGACACGCAGCUGAAGCGGGUUAAGUUCGUCCAGACGCAGACCAACGAGAUGAGCUUCAAGGCGAACGCGGGUAUCGGGGAGCAGUGCCAGGUGUUUGAGACACAGGUUCGCUACAGCGAGAAGGACAUUUUCACGCCCAUCGACCUGGCGAUGCACUACGAGCUGACCAAGAAGGUUCCCGACUCGGAGGAGUUCUGCGAAACCUGCGUGGCUGUUGAUCCGGCGGAGCCAAAGGUUUACACGGAGAAGAUAAUCUUUAGCACGGGCUGUGCCACCGCUGUUUGUACAGCCGAUCUGCAGUUGAGGAGCAAAAAUGUGGGCCCCAUUUUUAUUUUGGGCAGUGCCAAUACACUCCGACUAAAUUACGAGAUCACCAACAACGGCGAGACAGCCUACCUGCCCCAAUUCAACGUGACCAGCAGAUCCCGCUUGGCCUUCGCUCAGGUUCCCGGAAACUGCAAAGUGGCCGACGCAGUUAUGGUGUGCGAUUUGAACCGCGGACGACCGCUGGCCAAAGGGGACAGCGAUUCCGUCACCAUCAGCUUCGAUGUGAGCCAACUCAGCGGACAGUCGCUGAUCAUCCAUGCAGAAGUAUUCAGCACGGGAUACGAGAAGAACCCCACGGACAACAGUCAGACCAACGUGAUCGGCCUGAGGGAGUACACCGAGAUCGAUGCCAGCGGGGGUCAGACAAACGGUCAAAUCGACUUGGAGCACUACAGUAACUCCGCGGAAAUCGUCAACAACUACGAGAUCAAGAGCAACGGGCCCAGUAUCAUCGAGCAGUUGACUGUGUCCUUCUAUAUACCGAUUGCCUAUAAAGUGGCUGGCUCGACGGCAGUUAUACCCAUUGUUAAUAUAUCCAGCCUGAAGAUGCAGGCCACCUACGACUCCCAGUUGUUGGGCAUCGAUCUGUACGACCAGAACAACACCCUGCUCAUCGUGGAGCCCCUUGAGGUGGCCACCACGGUCAGCGGAGGCAUGGAGCGGACUGUGAUCACCCAGAACGGACAGGGCUACGACAUCCACACCAGCGGACAUGUGCACCAGACCAUGCAGGUGCUCGACCCCGACACGGUGGCCACCGCUUCCAUGUCCCGAAAGCGCCGAGAUCUCAAGGCCUUGACCGCCAACCGGGAGCAAUAUGCUCGCAUCUCGAAUGUGAAGGCCCACGAUCUGCUGAACGAGGACUUCAAGGACAAGCUGCCGGUGAAUCGCACCAUCGUGUUCCAUUGCCGGGAUCCCUCAAUGACCAUCUGCGUCCGGGCCGAGAUGCGCGUCCACUUUAGGCCGGAGAAAUCCAUUAACUUGAAUAUGCGCUACAAGGUGGAUCUGAAUGAGGUGAAUGCCAUACUGAUGGAUCCCUGGGAGUACUUUGUCAUCCUCACCGACCUGAAGCUGCAGAAGAAGGGCGAUCUUACGUCUAGUUCGUUUUUAAUUAAUCAAAGGAUCGAACCGAAUGUAAUAUCCAAGCAUCUGGAGGCCGGACUGCCCAUCUGGAUAAUAAUUGUGUCCGUGAUCUUUGGCCUGGUGCUGCUCUCUGCGAUAAGCUAUGCUCUGUACAAGUUUGGCUUCUUCAAUCGCGCCAAGAAGGACGAGCUGGACAGGUUGGUGCAGCAGAAUCCCGUGGAGCCGGAGGCGGAAAACCUCAAUAGCGGAGGGAACAACUAAGUCUGGCCGAGGGAUUUCCCAGCCGAACACAUCACAUUCUAAAUGGAUGGACCAGUUACUAAAUCAUAUUUUCAAAACGGGAAGACUACCCUUUGAAGCAUUUAAGAAGCAGCGAAAAACGAAAAGCGAUUUACGAAAGAUCUACCUUAUAGUAGUACGUGCAACCUGCAAGCCACUGAGCAUUCAAUGUUAUUGUGGGUUUGACCUUCUAGUGGCACAAGUCUAGUGCCUUGUAAUUUGUAGCUUACAACUAAUUUAUACGAAAGUCCCAUAAGUGCUGAACCAGCCAUAUUGCCAUUUGUUGUAUAUAUUUAUUAAACAUUUUUAAUUAAUCAUAAUUGUAAUGACGUAAUGACGUUGUAAAGGCAGCUUUACAUGGCGACGUAAAAGACUUUAUUAAUGUGUAAAUUGUAAAAACGAAGUUAGGUUAUUUUAAGCCCAAAUCAGCUUGUUUAGAACCUACUCUUGUAUUAUACUAGAUUAUUAAAGUGAUGAAGAAUGAAUAAAAAUGAAAGAGAAACAAAGA